AUGACGGCGGAGAGUGGCGAUUACACACCCUUGAAGCGGUCUGUUCGCCAUGCCCGCUGGGAACUUUCUCCAAUCGCACAGGGGCAUCAGCUUGCGAAGACUGCCCUGCAGGGGCGAUUCAAUGCCAGCCUUGUUCUGCAGGUCAAGGCCCCAGCUCCAAUCGCGAUUCUUGCGAGGAUUGCGAAUCUGGCCGGUACAGCACCGCAGGGCUUGUAUGCGAAUUAUGUGCAUCUGGAAAGUCCACCUCAUCGUCAAAUGGAUUUGGUGGCUACGGCGGAUACAAUUCUGGAGGAGAUGACGGAGGUGACCCAGGUGGUGGAUACGGUCCUGGUGGAGGAGAUGACGGAGGUGACCCAGGUGGUGGAUACGGUCCUGGUGGAGGAUUUGACGGAGGUGGAUACGGUCCUGGGAGGAGGUUACAGGGAGGAUAUGGCGGAGGUGGCGGCUGUCAGGACUGUUAUCCAGGACGGUAUUCAAGCACGGUAUUCUAACUCGAACCACACAGCCUGUGAAUACUGUGCGGCUGGAACGGUUACUUUCGACUUCGGCAAGUCGGAAUGCGAGGCUUGCCCAUCUGGCACGGUCGCUGCGAGCAGCACUUUUGAUUAUUUCGGUCCCCCCCCUAACUUCUUUCACAUGAUGGUGCCGUGUGAUAACUGCGUGUGCGAGCCUUGCCCUCCCGGCAAUGUUCCAGAUUCAAACGGAACUUGCACGGAGUGCGAGGCGGGCAAGUAUGCCGGCUCUGAGAACGAUGCAGCCAAAUGCAUAGCUUGUCCGUCAGGAACAUAUUCGAACGUGACUGGUUUAUCAUGGGAAGGCGAUUGCUUGGAGUGCCCCGGGAAAACCACCCCUUCUGAUGGUGCGACGAGUAUCGACAUGUGCAUCCAGCCAGGCAUCAACCAGUCGUUUCAAUGUGUUCGCGGCAAAGUCUGUGCCAUCUCUGGGUUUGAAGGUGUGGGUCUGGUUGACAGCCACCAAAUGGCUGUCAAGAUGGUCCAGGUUAUGGAGGCGAUGGUGGUGGCGGCUUUCCAGGUGACGGGCCAGGUUCUGGCGGUGGUUACGGCGGUGGCUAUGGCAGUGGGCCAGGUUCUGGAGGUGGUUACGGCGGUGGCUAUGGCAGUGGGCCAGGUUCUGGCGGUGGUUACGGCGGUGGUUAUGGCAGUGGGUCAGGUUCUGGCGGUGCUUAUGGCGGUGGGUCAGGUUCUGGCGGUGCUUACGGCGGUGGCGAUGGCAGUGGGUCAGGUUCUGGCGGUGCUUAUGGCGGUGGGUCAGGUUCUGGCGGUGCUUAUGGCGGUGGGUCAGGUUCUGGCGGUGCUUAUGGCGGUGGGUCAGGUUCUGGCGGUGCUUACGGCGGUGGCGAUGGCAGUGGGCCAGGUUCUGGCGGUGGUUACGGCGGUGGUUAUGGCAGUGGGUCAGGUUCUGGCAAAGCUUACGGCAGUGGGCCAGGUUAUGGCGGUGAUUCCGGCACAGGCUCUGAAGGUGGGUCAGGCGACGGGCCAGUCAAUGGGUCAGAUGGUAAUGCAACAGACGGAAGCGGAACGGAUGUCAAUGCAAGUGGAGAUGGUGAUGGCAGUGGGCCAGGCGGCGGCAAUUCAUCAGACGGCAAUGGGACAGAUGUCAAUGGAACGGAUGGUAAUAAUGGCGUUGGUGACGAUGGGCCAGGCGACGGGCCAGGCAAUGGAUCAGAUGGCAAUGGGACAGAUGUCAAUGCAACGGGUGGCAAUGGUGGCGUUGGUGACGGUGGGCCAGGCGACGGGCCAGGCAAUGGAUCAGAUGGCAAUGGGACAGAUGUCAAUGGAACGGAUGGCAAUGGUGGCGUUGGUGACGGUGGGCCAGGCGACGGGCCAGGCAAUGGAUCAGGCGUUGGUGACGGUGGGCCCGGCGACGGGCCAGGCAAUGGAUCAGAUGGCAAUGGGACAGAUGUCAAUGCAACGGGUGGCAAUGGUGGCGUUGGUGGGCCAGGUGACGGGCCAGGUGACGGCCCGGUUGACGGGCCAGAUGACGGGCCGGGUGACGGGCCGGGUGACGGGCCGGGUGACGGGCCAGAUGACGGGCCGGGGCCGGGUGACGGGCCGGGUGAUGGGCCAGGUCCUGGCGGUGGUUACGGCGGGCCAGGUGAUGGACCCGGUUGCUGGUUUUGGGGAGAAGUCGAUUUCGUCCACGGGCAAGACAACGUACACCUGGUCCGGGCAACUCGCGGCAUCACCAGGGCAAUACCGGCUUUGCUGGUGUGGAGGUGUUGGUGGGACCACUUGUGAGGACAACUUCGACAACUUCGCAACAGAUGUAGGCGCAAUCACGGUGCUUGGCCCGUACGGCAACCAGAGAUUCGCCUGCACCAAAGGCCACAUUUGCCGCAAUCAGGGUCCUGUACUUGGUCUCGGGCUGACAGCCGAAGACCUUGUCCACAUCCGCGUGGCCUGCACUCUGGAUCAAGCGAAGUUUUUUGGGUUGAAGUUGGAUGUCAGGGCAGAGAACAACACCGACAGUGGAGAGGUGGAGUUGUAUCUGUCAUCUUCCUUUCCAGUUGUCCAGGCGUCUGCGGAGUAUGCCUUGUGCUGGUGCUCAUCUGUCGGCCAGAGCUGUGCCAGCAUGACCGUCGAAAACGUCGAUUCUGCCACAGAUUACCUUGAAGCACAAGUGGCCUGGUUUGAGGUUCACGGGCCGCCUACCGGAGAAGAGGCAGAGUGCGACCAGGGCCAGGGGUGCAUUGUUACCUUCAACACAGAAAGCCUGGGUUUGUCGGGAGGAGAUCGAAUUUCUGUGCUGGAGCAAUGCGGUGAGGGAGAUUUUCUCGAAGGCUUGCCCUUUCCGGGGUAUGCAGAGACAGCAGAGGGCACCGUUUAUAGCUUUAACAGCAGUGCGUCUUUGGAUGAGAACGGCCAGUACUUGAUGUCAUCACCGGGCAUUUUCCGGCUGUGCUGGUGUCGUCCAGAGCCGUCGCUGUCCUUGUACUGUGACAGCGGGCCCGACUUCAAUGUUACAGUUGGCCUUUUCCGCUCGGUGGGACCGUAUGCUGGCCAAGAGCUGCAUUGUUCCUUUGGAGCUCCGUGCCUUGUGACAAGCUUACGCGGAAUUGGCCUCUCCUCACAGAAUCUCUUACUUGCUGUGGCAGACUGUGGAAGUGCAAACACGACCAUCACUUUUCCUCAGCCACAGCCUGUCUCAUCGUCUUCUGCCACAGAUGGCAGCUAUUUCUACAACCUGGGAGACUUGCAGCUCCAGGCUUCCAGGCCCGAGCAGCUCUGGAUUUGCUGGUGUGCAGGUGGCUCAGCAUGCACGGAAGCUUCCGCCUUUCGCGUCUACGCCAUGGUGCUUUACGUUGAAUGCCCUCCUGGCUGGUAUGAGCUGCAAAGUGCAACAGUUGUUUGUCACCAGUGCCCUCCGGGAUAUUACUGUGUCGGUGGCUAUCCGGCCGAGAUACAGAAAUGCCCUGCCGGAAUGACGAGUUUGCCUGGAGCUGGGAGUCUGGAGGAAUGCGUCUGCCGUCGCGGCUAUUUCUGGAAUGGUCAGCUGGGCGCUUGCUUCGCUUGCCCUUACGGAGUUUUCCAGAACGUGACUGGCAGGUUAACAGCCUGUGCUGAAGAGUGUCCGCCCCAGACAUCGUCAAACAGCGGGGCGGCCAGCAUUGCGGAGUGUUUUUGUGCCGGAAGUGCUGUAGACGUUGACCCGACUCCGGAGGGCUUUGAUUGUGUUGAUUUGCUCGAUCUGGCUGAUAACUUCAGUAACGGUUCAGCCUUCGCUGCCAGCCAGUCUGAUUUGUACACCUUCUCCGGAUCCGUACAAGUGCUGGAUGCAUCGACUGAUGAGCUGCUUGAGAGCAUCAGGACUGAGUUGUCCGAUCUACUGGAGUUGAAUGGUGCACGUGCGUCUUUCAGCUUGCAAAGCCGUCAGGCUGGAAAUUGGUACGUCGAUUACGAAGUCUUGAGCCCGGACGACGAGCUGGCGGAAAUCAUGAGAGGUAGACUGGAGCCUGUGUCCUUCUCUGCGUGGGUGUACUCCGACAUGGAGGGCACGGUGCUAGCAUCUGCAGUGGCUGGCAAUGAAACACUUGUCCAGCGCACAGUGCUUCAAUGCCCCGACGGUUUGGGUAUCAAGGCAGGGUCUUAUGUCACAGGCUUGGCCGAUUGCCAGUGCCCACACGGGACGCAGCCUGCCGUUACUGGGAGCACAGGCUUGCUUAAUGGUUGCACCAGUUGCCCUAUCGGCACAUACAAAUCGUUCGUUGGGGAUUCGAGUUGUACUGCUUGCCCGUCCAAGGGGUUGCCCUUGACUACGCUUCAGCAAGGUGCAAUUUCCUAUGCGGCUUGCACCUGCUCAGCGGGAUUCGUCAAUGUAGACCCCGAAGAUCCUGCAGACUGCGCUCCCUGCGGCCAGGGGUUUUUCUGCACCGGAGGAAAGCACAGGCAGGCUUGUGGCUCGUCGCAGUCGACACAGGGCGACGCUGCCAGCAGUCAGUCUGACUGCUUGUGCGAGGAAGGGUCCACAAGCACAGGCAGUGGUGCUUGUGAUGCAUGUUCUCCUGGCAAGUUCAAGGAGAAUAUCGGGAACUCGCCCUGCUUGGAUUGCCCCGCAGGACAAUAUUCCGAAGAGGGAGCGGAUGAAUGUGACUCCUGCGACGAAGGAACGUUUUCCACCGGUGGUUUGGGCAUGUGCGAGCCCUGCCCCGCGGGGCGCUAUUCUCCUGAUGAAGAAGCGACUUCCAUGGACUCAUGUGCUAGGUGCGAAAUUGGCAAGUGGAGUGAUCAAACGGGGGCCGACAAGGAUCGCACAUGCGUUUCAUGCCCCGCCGGCUCCACGACUUUACAGGCCGCAGCACAAAAUGAAAGCUCUUGCGUCCGACCAUACCCAAACCAACUCGCUGAAUGCAUCUCUGGCAGAGCUUGCACUCUGGACGGGAUCAUGGGUUUCGGCCUCCAAGACGGGCAUCGCAUAGGACUGGCUUCAACAGACUGCAGUUCCGCAAAGGUGGCAGUGCCGAACAUAGAAGGCGGGGGAAUCUCAGACCUGGCCAUCUCUGGUGGCAGCCAAUAUGUGCUGGGAGAUAGUCCCGACGAUUUUGCGCCCCAGGGAGGCUACUACAACAUGUGCUGGUGUGCGAACAUGGCGGCACUUUCUUGCGAAGACUUGAACAGCAACUAUUUGAUAUCAGCCGGGCAACUCCAUGUCAUCGGUCCCAGUCAAAAUCUGUUGCAAUGCAUUCGUGGCCGCGACUGUGCCAAUUUGGCACCUUUUCUCGGUUUUGGUCUGUCUGACAGUGAUUCUGUCGUCGUUCAGCGUGACCAAUGCGGACUAACAGGGCUUGCACUGUCUUCAGAGAACCGUGAUGGUCAAGGCAAUCUGUCGGCUCCAGAGGCCGUCAACACAAGCCACCUUGUCCUUGGCUUUGGUAUCUCGGAUGCUUCCAAGAGCUAUCAUCUUUCCAUCGACGCGGAUGAUACAGGAUAUGCAUUAUGCUGGUGUGCAAAUGCUCGCGGCUUGACCGAUGCCUGCACAAGCCCAGAAGACCAUCGAGUGUUCGCUGGCCGCCUUCGGGUGGUAGGCCCCCGCACAAACCAAGAGAGCGAAUGCUUCGUGGGACAGCCCUGUGCUGUGACAGGCAUUCGGGGAGUUAGCAUGGAAGGAGGAGAUCGGCUGAUGAUUCUGUCCAACUGUGGCACAGGAACGUCAUUACCAGGCUUUCCGGGUGGUGGCAUCAUGGUAACCAAGGACGGCUCCAGUUUCGAAUUCAUGACCACGACCAGCAGCUUCCUCCUGUCAGUGCCUGGGAUUUUCCGAAUCUGCUUUUGCAGGCCGUCACCUGUCGAGGUGUGCACUGCCACUUCCAGCUUUCAGGCAGCUGUCGGGCUGAUGACAGCGAGUGGGCCGUUUGAGCAGACAACCACCUGUGAGAUGAGUGCCCAGUGCACGGUGCAGUUGUCCGGAAUCGGUCUGAUGGGCGGCGAUCAACUGCUGUUUGCCACAGGUGAGUGCGGUAAUUCCAGCAGCAUUGGAUCCCUUGGCUUUCCCAAUAUGGAGGACCCACUGAUUGUGGAGGACUCGAGCAUGGGGCUGCGGGUAAAUCUAGGGGAGCUACCUGCAGAAGCCGUACCAGGCUUCUACCGAGUAUGCUGGUGCCCGCUGGCUGCGGACUGCACUUCAACAUUGGCAUUCCGAGCUCCUGCGGGCUAUCUCCAGGUCAACUGCCCAGCAGGCACCUUUGCAACAGGUUACUAUUUUGUCGCCACCUCCAGCAGUUGCACAGAUUGCCCCAAAGGCUCCUACAAGGAGAAUGCCGGCAAUGGGGACGCAUGCACGUCGUGUCCUGCUGGCAACACCACCUUCGGCACCGGAGCGGUAGCCGCAUCAUCAUGUAUACCUGAAGUGGAUUCCUCUGGUGAUGGAGGAUCGGGAAGCUCUGGAGCUACACUGUCGAACUCCUCAGAAGUUCCAGCGGUAUCAUUCAACAUGUCCUUCGGAAACCUCCCGGCUGAUGCAGAUCUCGAGAGCAUCAGGAACCAGUUGGUAGCAAUGUUUCUGGCCACCUUUUCGGCCAGUGCGAGAGUGGACCCCAGUGCCAUAGAAAUCGACUUCGUAGGUCUUGGUCUGGCUGGAAGACGGCUGAGACGGCUUUUCGAUGCAUCGAUGAUCGUUAUUACGAUCAAACAGCGGACUGCCGACGAGGCGAGUGCGAUCGCCGCCGACAUGGAUGCUGUUACGGUCACGAACGAAGUGGCCGCCGCCGUUCAGCAGAAUCCGACCCUCAGUGGCGCGGGCAUAUCGUUGGAAGUUGAGUCGGCACCAGCGGUUUCUUCCACAGUUGUCAGCUGUUCGCCUCGGAUGUCAGUUCCGCCAGGUGUGCCCGUUCUCAGCGCGGACGAUUGCCAGUGCAGUCCUGGAUACACCUACGACACUGCAGCUCAGGGCUGUGAACCAUGUGCGAGGGGCGAGUACAAGGAUGCAAUAUCCAUGGAUGCCUGCACGCGAUGCCCCUCCGAGAAAUCCACCCUAGAAGUUGGUGCCAUAUCGCUGGAGCAGUGCAGAUGUGAGGCUGGGCUUUUUGCUGAUGGCUCCGGGUUUUGCUCUUCUUGUGAGAUUGGAUUCUAUUGUCCCGGCACUGGUGAAGCCGUGAGCUGUCCCCAGAACUCAACGACGGUGGCCCUGGGCGGACGGACUGCAACAGACUGCAUUUGCCUGCCGGGCUAUAGGAAGGGUGCAACAAGCUGCCAGGCGUGCGAAGCCGGUACUUACAAGCCCACCGUCGGGAAUGACGCAACUUGUGCAUUGGAGUGUCCGGCCAAUUCGAACAGUGAUCUAGCUUCAACUUCCCUGGCUGACUGCUUCUGCCUCCCUCGAUUCCACGCGAUCCUGGACAACGCCUUUGACCAAGGGAGCCUGGCACGUUGUGCUGCUUGCAACUAUCAAGGCCUUGACUGCCGUGGAGGUUUCGAAAAUGAGACAAACGGUACCGAGCGUCGUCACGCACAGCCGGUUGCAGAGCCUGGCUUCUACCAAGCGGGCUUAUCCACUGCGAGGGAGUGUGACGUUCUGUUGCCGGAUGGCAGCAGCGCGUGCAAGGGAGGAGCCAGCUGUGUUGCUCAACGCAUGGACCUUCCCGUUCCGGAAUCAUGCAACGGGAUGUUGGGAAACGACUGUGCCGAAGGAUCUACUGGAGUGUUGUGCGGCGAAUGUCCCGACCAUUGGGCCAGAGAUGAUUAUCCAGAACUUUGCCGCAAGUGUCCGCCCGAUUCUGCGGGAGACUUGUCGUUUGCCGUCCUGUCCGACAUCGGCCAGAAAGUGUUCUUGAACUUCGUUGUCGCGGCUAUGGCCGCCACAGCUGCAGUGAAGGGAAGUGCGAAGCUCCACACGAGCAUGAUUCGUCUUGGAACUCAGUGGAUGGCUGCUUGCUCUGUGCUCACGCAGUUCAACCUGGAGCGACUGCCUGGCUUCGAGUGGUCCCAGCAAGAUGCAGAAAUGGCAAUGCUUGCAGCUUGUGCUGAGUCCAACGCGACUUCUUGUGAACCGACUUCCCAGGCAGCCACUUUUCCGUGGCCGGAAGAGGUCUCUUCGGCCAUGUCCGACCUUUUCGCGAUCAUGAGCAUUGUGCCGAGGUUGGCCACGGUGCAGUUCGCGUCGAAGUGUCGUGCUGGGGAACUGCUACCGGGCAGUCGGGCAGCGACGAUGGCUGCCCCCGGUCUCUACUUUGUGACCAGUCCCAUCCUUGCAGUCAUUGGCCUUUUUCUCUUUGCCGCGUUCAUGGUCUAUCUGGUCGUGCCUGUUGCGGCCUUCGCCGGACUUUACUUCAACGAUUUCCAGCGCGACAAGAAGAAGCGAGACAAACUGAAGAUACAAGCCCGGGAAGCCUUUGACGAAUUGGCUGAAGAGCGUCGGCAUGGUCUCGUGUGGGCGGACCUGCAGGACUGCGGCAUUCUUGAUGAAGUGGAGCUGAACAUCUUCGAGCAUGGGAUUGAUCAUAUGGAAAGCUUCAUCUCAGGCACACACGAUUGGGGCUCCUCCAGCAGCGAAGCCAAACGGCCGAUACUGACGAAGCUUUGUGUCCACAAAGCAUCGCAGGAUCCGCGCCAAGAGCAACUUCGUGCCGAAGUUCGAAUGACAAUGGAGGAGUUCAAAAGGAUGCCUGAUUUCAGUACAAGGGGCUAUGACGAGCGCGGUUUGCUGCAGAUUUUGUUUGACAAGUCUUGGCGUGGAAAAAACUCAUCCAUUUUUUCAGACCUUGGCGAGCCACCCGCAGCACUUCAGGCUUUCGACCCUUGGCUUGCAAGCCCGGACGUGUCGCUUCGGCUGUGGUUGGAGUGGCAAUCCGAGACGUGGUGCGAUGUGUUUCAGGUGCGCCGAGCCUUGGCAUGGAAACUGCGACAUCGAGUGGAGCACAGAGCGGCUGACUGGGGAUUAGAUGUGGGCACCGUCGCGCUUGCUGUCUGCGACAGUUUCAGCACGGCACAAGAGCUCUAUCUUUCAAGCGCAGACGAGCCGGGUUUCGACGAGCUGAUUUCCAAGACGUGCGAAAGACUAAGUCUGGAAAGGCAGCGACGAAGUGAGAAAGAUACCGAAAUUCGAGCGCCUGAGCCAGUUGCAAGUGGGCUGGAUCCGGACACCUUGGAUUUCGGGCUGUUCACAUCGUGGCCGAGACCUUCCAACUUGCUUCAGCAGUGUGUGCCAGUAAUUUGGGUGAUGCUCUUGGCGAUGUGGCCGGAACUAUUGUCGCAGUUUCUGAAGAUGGUGUGGUGUGCGCCUUUCUCCGAGGAUAACGACCGAGGAUUGACGGUAGUGAAGCAGCGCUUGCUUCCACAUCCGGAUGUUGUAUGCUGGAGCUUCGACCAUUUUGAACUGGCUCUCAUCGCUUCAAUUGGACUGGUCGUGUGGUGCAUUGGUGUUCCUGUCUUGUUGUUCCUUCGUAUAUACAAGCUGAAAGACCGGCAAAAUCCUGAGAACGGUCGGAGAUACGGCUUCUUUAUCGAAGGCUACGAACCUGGCUUUUGGUACUGGGAUAUUAUAGUCAAGCGGUUCGAUAUAGCCUUGAUGAACUUGGUGACGUUCACAUCUUUGGCAGAUGAUGAAAAGGCAAAGCUUUUGCUUUUCCCAUUUAUCUCUGGCGCGAUGUUGGCAAUUGCAGCUUGGUGCCGGCCAUUCACGAAUGAUCAGGCUGAGAUUUUGGACUUCAUGGAGAUGUGUCUCUUGAGCUUCCGCUUUGUUCUUUUCAGCAUGAUUGCAGUCUUGCUGAUCUUCAACCCCUCGGCCGAAGUGACGUACGUGGUUGCCGGAACUCUCGUUCUAGCGUUGGGAUGCAUCUGCAUGUACUUUGCGCUGCACGUUAUGGUUCAGAUGUUGCGCACGUCUGCAGAAGAAAUGGGGGAGGAAGUGGAGGAGGACGAGGAUUCGAACGACCAGACCCGUGAUGCGAAGACCACCCAGCAGCCCAAGGACAAGGGCAAGAGCAAGCCAAAUCCGAUCGUGGCGCUCAUAGGCGAUUUGAAAAGGACAGUGAUUGGAUGCACUCUGCCACUCUUUGUGCAGGGCGAGGACGAGAAGCUUUUCGUAGAGUGGACAAUCACCACCGACAAGAUCAGGCUGGUGAGCUCACAGCCGAAGAAGCUGCGCAGAUCUUCAAGCUUCGCUCGAGCCGCGUCCGCUGUGAAACACGCGAGGGCGCAGAUCCUUCGAUUUGGGGCAAGCUACCAGCGGCAGGUAGUUGUCAAGGCCUUGGAGGAGUUCUCCGAGCUAUGGUUCGAUCAGUUUGACCAGUUGGUCAUGCCCGUGGAUACAACGCGAUUGCUUGUUGCCCUUACGAGCACUUUGAGGAAUCUCCCCCAGAAGACACCGAAACGGCAGGUCGCAUCUAAGUGGAAGGAGGAGGUUGACAAAUUGUUCAUGCCCCGAGCCGAUGGCCAACAGGGGCUACAUGGAAUCGACCAUAAAUGGCAUGUGACCCCCGAUGAGAUUCUCGUCAUGACGCAGCGCUUGGCCUCGGUUGGUGCGAAAGAGGCCGUAAUCCUGGUGGAAAGCGUGCUGAGUGCCUUGCAUCGUCGCCAAAAGGAGUAUGCCGUCUACCUGAGAGAAUUGGAGGCGUUGUCGCGCAUUUACCAGCUUCAGGUUGUCUGCUUUGUGAGCAUGAUGUACCGGGGCACAAGGGUCGCUUCGAGUAUCAUCCUGCCAGCAAAGACAAUCGAAGACGAAGACGAAAGUGAGGAAGGCUUCGGCAAUCCUCUUUUCGCUCUCGAAGAGGACAGCCAGGCGAAUGAGUAUCCAGACGGGGUGGGCUACCACACCGCGCCGAUCCAGCGAGAGGGCUGGGCGGGGGAGACCAACACCGUCGUGAUCGAGAGCUAUCUGCAGUCCAACGAGCUGGCAAUCCUUGGAAUGUCUACCACUGACAGCCAGAACACGGGGGCGCGCACAACCCAGGUUCAGUCGCAGGAGGCCAUGACCAUCCCGGAUGCCGACGACCCGGUGGCCUUCGGGAACAUGACAGUAGAUCAAGAAGGGAACUCACCACAGAAGCGAGGACGAAGCGCCGGGGACCCCAACAGUGGAGUAGUGGGGACAGCGUUGGCACCGACCCUGACCGUGGAAGCCAUUGCACAGGCACUCCGAGGCGAGCUUCGCGAAGGCUUCGCCCAACAACAAAGCCGCCUCUCACGCGAGAUCAAGGAGGAGAUCGGGGAGGCCAUUACAAAGGUAAACCGCCGCAUCGAGGACGUGGAACGCGGGGUCACCAAGCAGCUCAACAAGGCCCUCUCCAGCAUGCAAGAGCUCUCUGCCCGACAGGACAAGCAGGGGGUUGCCAUAGUCCAGGUCGGGGCGGAAACCAAGCAACUGGCAAACAAGAUCCUCCACCUUGAAGAGAAGCUCGCCAAGCUCGAAGGCCGGGGACCUCUCGAACGCCGUGAUGCCGGGGAGCCCCGCAGACCUGCCUUCAUAGUUGGAGGGUGGAGCCCGGAUCAGGAGGCCGCGACGCUGGAAAAAGCGAAAACAGUCCUGCGAGAUUUGCAAGUCGAUGUGGACAUGGAAGGUGCAUUCGUCCCGGGGCUCCGCCGAGGAUACGUGAUCGUACCUAUGACUACCAGAGCCGACGAGGACACGUACAUGAUGAGGGACCGCGUGCAGAAGGCUGUCGUUCGAGUUCGUAACGCAAACGUUACCUUGGGAGAAAAAGAGGACGGGACGCCGUCCCGGCUUUGGAUGGCAGUGUCCCAACCGCCAGAGCGGAGGAAGAGGGCCCAGUUGGCCGCGAAAGUCAAGCGCCUGGUUCUCGAACAGCAGGGAUCCCACCAAGCCCUGGACGUGGAGUUUGCUACGGGCUCCGUGUGGUACGACAACCGCAAGAUCUCCUCAACCGGGGGCCCAAAGCCAGAGGGGGCAUGGGUCGACCUCGGGCAGAUCGCAAGGCUCCUGGGAGUCACCGGGGACACCAUCGCAGAUGCAUGGCGGCCGCUUGCGGCGGCCCUGCGGGCAUUGCAGCCACAGCCCACCCGUGACCUCGUUGUGGCAACCUGGAAUCUCGGGGGCCUCACCCCGUCUAAGACGUUGGAGGUUCUAUUGCCUGCGAUUCGGGGAUCACCACCCCUUGACAAAGUUGAUAUUUGGUGCUUUCAAGAGGUCGUUGUUCCCGAAGGGAUCACACAUGACUCCACCAAGCACUGGCGAAUGGUGUCUGGAAAAACAGACCGAGACUGGAGAGGAGUAGCAGUGGCUUUCCGCAAAGAGCUGGGGACCCACACUCGUAGCAGCACAUCCCGAGCAUCAGUAAGCACAUGCAUCGUCAGCCGGGGCAACACCAUCGCGGGAGUCGUCUCCUACCACCUGCCCCACCAUGCCACGGUCGACCAAGUGGGAGCCCAGCUGGCAGCUUUGGCGGAGCACCCAGCCUUCCGAGAGAAUCCAAUUUACUUGGGCAUGGACGCCAACGAGACCUUCACCGCCAGGCCCGGGGGACACCUUGCGGCUUACAAUCCGGAACUUCGGCCGCGCCGCUUGGACUACGUAGCGCUGAAAGGGACCCACUCGUUUGAAGCGCACAUUGGCGAGUACCGGGACAUCCCCGCAUCGGACCAUGAAGCCGUGGCACUGUGCACUUCGAUUGCGCGCUCCGGGGACCGCCCCGUUGCUCAACCGGCAUGGGGGGCCCGUCCUUUGCGAUUUCCUCCCAUGCCUGAGAAGGACGUCCACAACAUCCUCGCACCGCAUGGGGACAUCUAUGCUGGGCUCAAGGAGGCGUCCUUUGCAGUCACCAUGCCCAGGCCGGGGGAGAGAUUCACAGAAAGUGCGAACAUCAAGAAGCUGCGGAAGCAAGCUCAAUGUGCCCCCGCGGGGGCGUCCCGAAGGCAGCUUUGGAAACAAGUGCACCAAGAGCGCAAACGGGAGCACAAAACCUGGGCCCAGGACCUAGCCAGACGUGCAGGAGAGCGAUCAUGGUACGCGUACCGCGAGAUCAAGAACCAGACCCGCCGGGACAAGCAAUGGGAGGAGAAGCUGACCGACCAACCCGACUGGCGAGCGCAGCUCACGAAACACUUCCAGGCCAUUUUUGCCAAGGAGGAUCCCACUGUAGUCCGGGACUGUGCCGCGCAGCUGACCGCCAAGCUCACUGUCAAGUGCAAGCACACGCCCUGGAACCCCUUGACUGAAGACGACCUGCGGGGAAUUAUGGCCAAAUGGCGGAAUAACAAGGCGACCGGGGAGGGUCGAAUCAGCCACGAAGCCGUGCGUUACAUUUCUUUGACAAGGAGGGGGCUCUCCAGACUACUGUGGCUUUUUAACGACAUCCUUUACAAGGGGACCUUCCCUCCUGGCCUCGACGGGGGCAUCGCCGUUCUCCUCCCGAAGACCAGAGCGCCGGACGACUUCGCCGACACCAGGCCCAUUACACUGUCCAACAUUCUUCUGAAGAUCACAGCGCAGCUGCUGCUCAGAAGGGGAUUGCCCCUACUGCGCCCCAUUGGAGCCCUGCAGUUCUGCAAAACAGGAAGCCAGUCCGUCGAGCUCAUUUUGGCCCUCCGACGCUUGGCCCAGCAGUCCAGGGAGUGGCAAGAGAAGUUCUGGAUCAUCAAACUGGACGUGCGCAAAGCCUUCGACUCCAUCAGCCAGACCUACCUGGGGGACCUCCUCACCACCAAGAUCGGGGACACGCUACCAUGGGAGACCCGCGCCUGGCUACAGCUCAUAGGGGCACGUGGCUUCAAUGUUGUCCUCGGGGACUCCUCCGUGCCGAUCUCCCAAACCAACGGGGUCCGCCAGGGCUCGCCGGACUCUCCCUCCUUGUUCUCCGCUGGCAUAUAG